GGUCCCCCGCUUCUUCUCUGCCUCUUCCUUUCUCACCCAACUCGCUCUCUCAGUUCUACUGCUUCUGCUGUUUAUGGGUUUUGGUGGAUGGUGCAGAAGGAGGCUUCUUCAAGUCCAUGCUUCAGCUCCGGCUUUCGUUUUCUUCAACAUUCUCUUUAUUUGGGGCUUUUACGUCUCUGUUAUCAGACAAGCUGUGCCACUACUAAACGACGCCGUUUUCAGCUGUGAGGUUGUGUUCCUCGUCAUUGGUCUCUAUAGUAUACUUACAAGUGACCCUGGCAUUGUAACAAAUGGGUCUGCCUCUUCAGACCAACCUUUGAAUAGUUCAGUUUCUCAAGUUGACAAUCAUGAUGAGGAGUUGGAGCUUCCAUGUCAUGAAUCAACUGAAGGUUCUGGUUUGGGGACGAGGGUACGAUAUUGCAGAAGCUGCAAGGCAUACAUAAAGGGGCUCGACCACCAUUGUCCUGCUUUUGGGAACUGUAUAGGCCAAAACAAUCAUCUCCUUUUCCUAAUUCUUCUGUUUGGGUUUAUCUCUACCGAAGCUUCUUAUUUAGUAU